UUUAUUUCAAUAUCUAAAAUUAAUUAACAAUGGCAAAAAUCCACCCGAAUCCAUCGGCAAACACUUGUUCAUCAUCAUCUUCUUCUUCAUCGGAAAAGGAAACGUUCACGGUGUGGAUGAAAUCCCUCGUCUGCCACGGAAAUGGCUGCACGGUCUUCAACUCCAACGGCCAAGUCGCUUUCCGUGUUGAUAAUUAUCAGCAGCGAUGCAGCACAAAGGCCUUUCUCAUGGACUCCACCGGCAACAUCCUCUUUUCUUUAAACAGAAAGAAAUUAGGGUUUGGAUGGUGGGAGGGCUUCAAAUGGAGCGAUUCGGAUGUUAGGACGGAGAAGGCGUGUUUUCGAGUGAGGAGAGAUCGGAGGAGAGGGGUGUGCUGUGUGGUGAGUGAUGAUGGUUGCUGCAAUCACACGAUUGAAGGGUUUGAGGGAAAAUCGAGUUUGAAGAUUAGAGAUUUUGAGGGAAGGGUUAUGGCGGAGGCAGCACAAAAGCAAUCAUCGCAAGGGGUUAAUUUGGGUGAUGAUGUGUUGAGAUUAACAGUGGAAGCAUAUGUUGAUCAUUCACUUGUUAUGGCGCUUGUCACACUUUACGGCUUGAUUAACAACAAAUUAUAACACUAAUUAAAUUGUAGUAGCAUGGUAAGAGUAUAGAUGAGAAAUGAAUUAAGUCAUUUUCAUACUUUAUUUAUAGCAGAUAGUAUAUACUACAUAGUUCUGUAAUUCUUAAGCGUAGGUCAAAGUGAAUUUUCUUGGCUAAGAAAGAAUCAUCGAUUACUAUUUUUAUCUCA